AUGGCUUCUGACAUUAAGUCUGAACCAGCUUCCUCGCCGUCUACUCUACCGGCUUCCCCCUAUGGAUUAUCCACGGGAAGCUGCCUAUCCACAAUGGCUCCGAGGUUUGCUCAAGCUACGACGAACAUGGUGGGGUCUGAUGGCUCAAGGAUUCCUGAAGAAAUGAUGGCUCGAAGGGAUCGCCUGGAUUUGAUUAGAGAGAGGUUGGGUGCCAAUAACAUUCCACCAGUUUUGCCAGUCUCCUCUACUCCCGCAUUGGUUGCCGCCCUUCCACAGGCUCUCCUCCGAGCAUACGAGCCAUUAUUCUGGGAACGCAGACCAACGGCUAGAGAUUUU